AUGUCAUCCCAACAAAUCCCUGUUCCGCAUGGCUCGGACCGUCAGCGAAUUCUCAACGUGCUCGCCCAGCGGAGAUACCGUCAGCGCAAGCGGGAGCGGCUGCACUCCCUGGAAAGGAGACUUGAUGCCAGACUGGUCACUACGAACGCUAUGUCCGCUUCCAGUGGAGAAAUACAGCUUCAGCACUUAAUGCAGCCUCCGCUUCUGAGCCCAGGUAAUCCUGACACGCCCAAUGACCUUCUCUGUGAUCUGUAUCCAGAUUCCAUGAUUGAAGCUUCUAAUGCGUCCUGUAUGUACCUUGCGCCGCCGCAUGAGUUGGCGUAUAAUACGUCGUUAGAAAGUUCGUCAUCAUAUGUGAGGGAUCAGUUCAGAAUCAACACCCCUUUGUUUUAUGGCAGUACGUCUCAGAGCGCUACGUCAACGGCUGAUUCCCAAUUAUCGGCAGAACUUCAAGAACUGGAAACUUCCCAGUUUACAUUCCUAUCAGAGCAUGCAAUUGAAAUCCCAAAUCUCAAAACUUUGGAGGUCUCACUCCAGAUUGCACACAUGCUUGGGCUUGUGGACGACUUAGUAGACCUCAAUAUAAGCCGGGUCCUAGAUGUGUCGAGAAUGUCCGUCCCCUUGGUAGACUUACCCGGAAACUUACAUCCAACGGAAGCACAGCUCUUGUUGCCACACUAUCCAGUGAUAGACACUAUUCCCUGGCCAUCGGUACGGACAAAACUCAUUUUUAUUUUCAGUCAGCCUGACCAGCUUAGACCGCCAAUCGCGAGAGGCCCCAUGGCUGUUAUGCUGCUGAUGCAUGCUUUUGAUGACGAGUCGGAGGGACUCCGCGUUACAUCAGAUAUAAAUGGACAUGGAUAUGAUGAAAAGAGCUGGGAAGUCGGACAGGCUAUCUUUAAAGACUGGUGGGGCCUCCAAAUUGCAGCUGCCAAUACCACAACAAGAACACCGGUAGUAAAACCAUCACAACCGGUGCUAUUUGCUUAUGGCGUUAUUGGUGGAGAUACCGGUUUAUUGGAAGAGGAGUUGGAAGGUCAGAUCUUGAGGCAAGGGAAUGCAGAAUGA